AUGCUUCCGCACACAGCGAGAGAAGAGCAGGUUGAAUGCGACGUGUACUUGUAUGUGUUAUGUGACAGAUCGUGGGCCGGCGCGUAUGUGCGCGUGCGGAGACGCGGGCGCGCGACCGCGCGCCCGCGCAGCGCCCGGCGCGCCGCCCCGACCCAGCUUAUGGCAGGCUCUAACCAUGGCCUCGGCCGCCCACAGGCAUGCUCCAGAUGCAGGAAUCAUAAGAUCAAGUGCGUCCACAACGGCGAGGCGCCGUGCACGUACUGUAUCCACCGCAACGUCGCGCAGGAGUGCCGGCUGACGUUCCCCGAAAACAAAAAGGCCAAGAAGUCCGAGGCCGGCCCGCGCGUGUCGAAGGGCGAGGCCGGCGCGCGCGAAGCGUCCGCGCCGCUGGUGCCCAUGGACGCGAUCUUCACCGCGGGCGUCAGGCCGCAGAUCGAGCCGCACUUGUGCGUGCCGCCCGUCGACGCCAACACGCUGCCCGCGUGGGCGCGCGGGUCGAUAUUCGAGGUCGUACCGCUGAUCCCCGCGCGCGUGGUGCGCGAGGCCGUGCUGCGCGUGGUGCGGUCGUUCCCCGAGCUCAACUUGUUCCACCUGCCCACGGUGCUCGACAGCGCGGAGAAGCUGCACCCGCUGCUCGCGGGCGCGGCGGUCGCGUUUGCGGGGUUCUUCGACCCCUGGCGCGGCGGCAGCGGCGACGGCGGCGGCGAUAGUGGCAGCGGCAGUGACGCCGGCGACGCCAGCGCCAGCCAGUGGCUGGGCGCCGGCUCGUACCAGGUCGCCAACAAGGUAUGCGAGCGGCUGACGCUCGACGCGAUCUUCGCCAAAUGCCACUUCCUGAUGGAGCCCAGCCUCGACGUCGCGUGCGCGCUGCUGAUCCUCGCCGUGGUCAAGUGGGGCCACAGCGAGUACUACGCGGCGUGGAUGCUGCACGGGUGCGCGACGCGGAUGAUCCAGUCCAUGGACAGCGAGGAGUCGUUCCUCCUCAAGGCCAAGAUCUACCCGCUGCUGCGCAAGAUGCAGUUGCGCGCGUUCUGGUGCGCGUACGUGCUCGACAAGAUCAUCUGCGCGGGCCAGCGCAAGACGUUCAUGCUGCCCGACACCCCGGACAUGCUGCUGCCCGUGGGCGACUACGAGUUCUCGCUGGCCACACUCGACGCCGCACCCGAGAUGGACCUGGGCGUCAAGUCCGAGCAGAAGGCCACGCUGUGCGACUUCCUGGCGCAGUGCCAGCGCAACCCGGCGAUCCUGAAAAAGAGCCCCUACGCGCUGCUCGUGUUCCUGUGGUCCAUCUGGGGCGCCGUCAGCCGGCGCGUGACGCGGCCCGACCGCGACAGCCCGGCGUUCGAGUGCCCCUGGGACCCCGACAGCGAGGUCUACAAGCUCAACAGCAGGCUGGACGGCAUAUGGGCCCUGGUGCCGAGGGAGUGGAAGUGGUCCCGCGAGGCGUACCUCGCGGAGAAGCCCGCCGUCAUCAAGGACAACCUCAUGGUCACCAUCAACUGCGUCUACCACGCCUCCACGGCGCUCAUCAACCGCGAGUUCAUGCCCUUCCUGCCGCACGACAUCGACAAGCCCGCGGGCCCCACGGACCUGAAGGAGCCGCCGCCCUACCACGAAAACUACUGGACGGAGUCCGCCAGGCGCUGCUUCGGCUCCAUCCGGACCCUGUCGCGCAUUCUCAAAACCUUGCUGGAAGAGGAACUUGGGCGCUCCCCCGGAGGGAAGUUCAGGAAUGCCGUGCUGGUUACGCCCUACCACUCCUUCCUGGCGUUCACCUGUGGCUUGCUGGCCAACUACGGCGCGAACUUCUACUGGAUGGACCCGGACUCGGAAAAGUACAACAACGACCCCACCAACCCGGACAGGCUUGAAAACUGCUACAACGUCGCCAUCAGCUUACUAAAGGCCAAGGAGAACGACUUUGGCGCGGCCAAGAACUGGCUCGCCGUUAUUCUCAAGAUGGGCGAGAUCAACCGCUUCGUCGCCCAGAACCGAAACAGCACCAAGGUGAGCGAGUGGACCAAGAAGUGCUCCAAGGACCUGGGGCCCUCGCUGAGCAUGCCCAAAGUCGAUAUCAAGAAACUCGAGAAAAUGCUCCCGCUUCUCCCGCCGCCCCACACCAACGGCCAGCAAAACACUGAGAGCUUGUACCCCUCGCCAGCGGCUGACUCCUACUACAACCAAGUUGGCCUAUUUUCCCAAAGAGAGGUGGUCCCGAGCUCGUCGUUUUAUCGCGCGCCGCCGCCAUCAGCAUCGCAGCCGGCCUCCCAAUAUAGGUCGCCAGCGCUGAUGACCCACUCCGCGCCGAUGUCUUUCCCUCUGGCGCCCGCAGCGUCACAGUCUCCAAAACUCUCGUUUCCCGCGUUGCUUCCCGCAUCCGCGUGCGAGCCGUUGUCGUCAAAUCCAGCUCCACAGCCGCUAGCAAGCUUCGGUGCAAGUUCCAGUGUUAGGUCCGUCCCGGCCGCGUCCUAUUCUGUAGUCCCGGGUUCCAGUGUCUUGUCCCCUCAGGUUGCACCGAGCGCCCCAUAUGCAGGCCAGCAGCCGCUGCCUGCCCAUGAUGAGCGGCAUGUCGAAACGGACACAGAUAAACUCAGCUUGUUUUUCAACGAUAGCGAGCUCGACCUUCUAAUGCAGUUCAAUAGCUGA